AAAAUACAAUGAAAAUGGUGGAUGAUAAACAACAACAAGAACAACAAACGAUGGUCAUCGUUGAUGAUAAAAAACGUAUACGAAUGAUACAAAUGCAAUUUCAUGAUGACGAUGUUGAUGGAAGUGGUAGUAGCACCGAUGAUGAUGAUGAUGAUGUUAAUUUUGUUCCAAAAAUUACGUCAUCUUCAGUUAAUAAUAGCGAUGUAAAUCCGGAUGAAUCAUCAACAAAAAUAAAUGGAUCGAUAGUCAAUCAAUGUCAAUCACUAGAUGAUGAUCAAGAAGAACAUUUUGAUUAUCAAGAGGAAGAAUUAUAUACGAUGAUUAAAAGAAUAUUGGACAAAUGUCUUUUACAUGAGGCAUUCAUAAAAUAUGAAAAAAUUCUUUUUAAUCAUUCAAAACAAUUGGAAUAUUUGAGUUCAAUUUUUCAUUUGAAAUAUGACCACUCAUCAACAACAGAAGAUCCGCAAACAACAGCAACAACAACAACAAUUGAUUGCAAUAACAUCGAUAGUGAUGGACGACAGCGAAAAGAUUCAUUAUUAUCGAUGAAUGAUGAUGGUGAACCAUAUCGAAAUCAUAAUCAACAUUCAAGUUGUCAAUCGCAAUCCAUUUCAUCAUUGAAUCAUCAUUUAUCUGACAACAGCAAUCAGAAAAAUCAACGCCAUCAACAGCCGCUUGACGCUAUUGGUUCAUCGAUGCAUAAACCAUCAAUAUCGACAUGGAUAAGCCGUCAUAAUCAUCAUCAAAAUAAUAACAAGGUAAAGUGGUUUAAUGUAUCAUGGAGAAAUUGA